UCAUCGUCGUCAUCCUCUUCAUCACAAUGGUGUCUCUUGGCUGCACCAUGGAGCUGGACAAGAUCAAAGGACACAUGCGUCGGCCCAAAGGAGUGGCCAUCGCCCUGGCGGCCCAGUACGGCAUCAUGCCGCUGACGGCGUUUGGCCUGGCCAAGUUGCUCCAGAUGAACCCCAUGGAGGCGGUGACGGUGCUUAUAUGUGGAUGCUCUCCCGGGGGCAACCUCUCCAACAUCCUGGCACUGGCUCUGCAGGGUGACAUGAACCUCAGUAUUGUCAUGACUGCCUGCUCCACGCUGCUUGCCCUGGGCAUGAUGCCACUGCUGCUCUUCCUGUACUGCCAGGGCAUCACCGGUCUGGAGAGCGCUGUGCCCUACACGGGCAUCACCAUCGCCCUCGUCAUGACCCUCCUGCCCUGUGCCAUCGGCGUGUACCUCAACCACCGCGUGCCACAGUACUCCAAACUCAUAACAAAGGUGGGGCUGGGCAUAAUGCUGGUGGCCGGUGUGUCCAUUGGCAUCCUCGCUGGCAUAACAGUGGGAAGCACAGCGCUGGCCGUGGCUUCGUCUCGACUGAUGAUUACAGCAGCACUGAUGCCACUGAUUGGCUACACAUUUGGCUACAUUCUAUCUGCCAUCUUCAGGCUAAAUUCUUCAUGCAGAAGGACUAUUGCCAUGGAGACGGGUUGUCAGAACAUCCAGCUAUGCUCCACUAUACUUAAGGUGGCCUUCCCCCCAGACAGUAUUGGUCCACUGUACUUAUUCCCAGUUGUCUACAUCGUCUUCCAGGUGACAGAGGCACUCGUGUUCAUCUUGAUAUUCAGAUGCCACCAGAGGUUUGUGGCAUCCAAACAAGUGAAGGAUGUGUACAUUGGGGUGGAAAGCUCUACUGAAGGAGCUGAAAAGUGCCAGUGGCCACAGUGACGUUUCUAUGACUGAUGUAAGCCCUGCCCUGUGAUCACUGUGGCACAUUGCUGGACUGAGAGAUGCCUUUGGGGGACCAUGUUCACAUUCGUCACUCCUGGUGCCAGCAAGAAUGCAAGUCUACUAGAUUUUUCAUCCGUGACGACCCCUAAAUCCUGCAUCACCGAAGAUCAUGUUUCUAGUAGAGCUUGACCGUUAUGGGAUUUUAAAGACCAAUAUUUAUUUCGAUAUUUGAGGAUUUCAAAAAGCGAUAAUCGAUAUAUUGGCCGACAUUCUUUUUUAACAGUGUAAACAUCUCCACAUGUCAACAGACAUGGUGACUAUGUAUGAUAAUGAGCUUGAUUGGCCAGCCCAACGCUAACAGAAAAACACUGCCUCAAAAGACUAUUUUGAACACUUGAAAGUUUUCAAUGUACAAAAACAAUAAUUACAAUAAAAGUGAGCUCUAUACGCGCAAGAUAUAUUUGGAUGGCAACCCAUCUUUAAUGUUGCAUAUCUCUAUAUUUGAUCCAAGGUGUUUCUGAAAAUACA